AUUGAGCCAGACACAUUCCUGUCACUCCUCACGACUAGAGGAAGCAGAUGCGGAUACCAGUUGAGAUGAAAAUGAGGAUGUGUACAUUGAUAUUCCGACAAUCUGUAAAUAACCCUGGUAUCAGUGUUCCCUCAGGAUGCAAAGCAAGGCAAUGGCUGUGGCAGGAAUGGGGCCCAUGACAACCCUAUCAUGAACAGAUGGUCCAAUAAUUACUACACCCAAUCAUCAAGCAAAGAUCGCAGCCCUCGUCGGUCUCGUGCUCAACCCUCUGCUCCAGCCCUCAGCCGCUCUCGCCGGGGUAGUCUCGUAAAGACUGCAAAUAAUGGCUACGUUAACUUGUGUGUGUUCCGCGUAGCGCACCUCACCCAGCUCACCCUUAAGUCCCUCAUUGAGCGCCAAGGUGUGCAGGUCCUGAACAUCGAGCAAGUCUCGCUCAGGGGUGCAGGCUACAAGUCCUUCGCAGUGACAGUGAAGGAGAAGGACGCGCCUAAGCUACUAGGCGGGAGCUUCUGGCCCGGCUUGGUGUCCUGCAGGCCGUUACAGGAUGUUGACCCAUGGCAUAAUGACGUGUUCAGCAGGAGACUUGUUCGAGAACCUCAUCGUCCUGCCAACCACUCAGAAAAAAACCCACACUACAGCAGGAGGGUCAGCAGAGUGGGAGGCACACAGCCAGGCCGGGAGGAGCACAAGCUAAGGACAGUCCAUGCUGCAGGUGUUCAGCCACAGAACAUAAAUGAAAAGAAAGCAAAAGCGAAUAAUAAAGCCAAUCCUGAUAAAACAAAGAACAGUGAAAGAAAGAAUGAUAAAGAAUUACACAAACCAUUGAAGGAAAGAAUACAAAUCAGCACAAAUGAAAAAAGACCCCAAACCACAGUACAUAAGGGGAAUAAGUCAACCAAAGUGUCAAUAAACACAAUCAAAAUAAAACACAAAAACAAUGAUCAAAAUUCUCCUAAGGAACAAAUUGUUCAUAAAACUGCACAUGGAAAGACUCUGACAGUUGCUCAUAGAAGCUCAAGAACUAGAAAGCCACACCUUUUCACCUCUAGUGUCAGUAAAAACAGGAAACCGAAGUCUACUACUAAAUCUAGUAAGAGAAAUAACAAAAGUGAGGGAAUAUCUGAUAGCAAAAUGAUACGUGAUGGAAGAUUUCAACCAGAAAAGUCCAGUGUUACUGCAGUUCCUUCUCCACAAGUGUCAUCUCACCAUAUGGCACUCACAUCUAGUAAAAUGUAUAAAAAUGUUAACAGUACCACUAAUGAUACACAUGAUAGCAAGUAUACCAUCAACAAACCACAGGUAAGACAGUCAAGCUGGACCACACCACUAAGAGGCCUGCUUAUCGUUCCCUCAGAGGAAGCACUCAGAAGGUUGCUGGGACCUGACUUUGACAGACUCCUCACUCAGUAUAAUCUAACAGAUGAGGAGAUCUUCCUAGGGGUGAGGGUGCUGGCUCACUGUGCACGAGCUGAUGGGGGUCCUAAGAAAUUACAGCAAUUGGUGUACAAGAUCUGUCAGCCUCAAGUCAUAUCUCUCAUUAAAGAGUUUACAAGGACUGUGGAGGAGAAGCACAAGGCAAGGGCUGAGAGGUACUUCUGGGAUUUGGGUGAAUUCCUGGAUCUGUACAUUGUUCACAAUAUCUUCCUUCAAGGCAUGCUCAGUUUAUUUACCACAUGCUUAUCCAAGAUUUUAGCUUUGAACUACAGGAAGUAUGUGAGUGAUGAUCUGGUGAAGGUGUACAGAGGUAUGCACACCAAGGUAUUUAAGAAUUUACCUCAAGGUUUAGCAUAGUUGUUGAAGUAAAGGAUGUAAGUAGUACAAUGUAUGUUUAGGUCAGUCAUACUCAUUUUCUUUGAACAAUUAUUAUUAAUGCUGGUCUGGUAGGCAUACUUAAACAUUGGUUUAAUUACACAAUUGAAAUCAAUAAACUAAUUAUGCAAAAUCUAUAACCCUGCAGAAC